GACACGAGGAGCUGCCCAGACUGUGAAUGUGAGAACAGUUCAAGUUUUCAUUAACUUUUCUACAGUUUCCUGUUUCUGCUCAUCACCACGUGUUAAGCUGAACGACAUUUCUCAGCUAACAUGGAUAAUUGUGAUGAUUUAUCUCCAGAGAUGGAACAAGUUCAAGUGGCGAUGCAAAAUGGAGAUCUUGUUUUGGCAACUGUCAAGGCCAAAAAUGUCUUAGAAAAAAAGAAGAAUACAUCCAUUACCAUUGCAAUCACAGGAGAACGUGGCUCUGGUAAAUCAACCUUAGUGAACGCUUUAAGAGGCGUCAGUGAUGAUGAUGAAGCAGCAGCUCCUGUCGGUGUCGAGGAAACAACACUGGAGCCAAAACAAUACAGUUACCGCAACAAUCCCAAUAUUACAAUCUGGGAUCUUCCUGGAAUUGGCUCUAGUCAUUAUCCUGCUGAUCAGUAUCUGAGGAAAGUGGGUUUUGAGAGGUUUGAUUUCUUCAUUAUCGUCUCUGACUCUCGCUUCAGAGAAAAUGAUGCCAAACUCGCUCUGGAAAUUCAAAAGAUGAAGAAAAAGUUUUACUUCAUUCGUUCAAAAAUCGACAACAAUAUUAGAGCUGCAGAAAGACGCAAGAAGGACAAAGAUCAAACCCUUCAGGAAAUCAGACAAGACUGCAUUAAAAAUCUUAAAGAGCUGAACAUUCAGUCUCCAAAGGUUUUUCUGGUGUCUGCUCCUGAGCUUCAUUUGUACGACUUCCAUUUUCUUUGUGAGACCCUCGAGCUGGACCUGCCCGAGCUCCAAAGAGACGCUCUUCUCUUGGCUCUGCUCAACAUCAGUUUGAACAUCAUCACCAAGAAGAAAAAUAACAUACAUACAUUUAUUGUGUUCACAGGCAGCAGUGUCUGCCAUAGGGGCAGGUGUAUCAGUCCCUGGUUUAUCUGCUGUGAUCGAUGUCGCUCUCAUUGUGUCAUUCACUUCAUCCUGUAAAAAAUCCUUUGGUCUUAGUGAUGAGGCUCUGCAGAAUCUCUCAUACUUGUCUGAUGUGCCUCUGGAGGAGCUUAAAGAAAAGUUGAAAUCUGCACAAGUCUGGAAAAAAAUUAUCCAAGAAGUUGUGGUCAAGGUGUUAAGCACCUCAGCAUCAUACAUAACAUCAACAGUAGUAGUAGAAGAAGUGAGCAGGUGGAUCCCUGCAGUUGGCAAAGUAUUUGUUAUGGGUGUGUUUUUUACCACAACUUACAGAGUUCUGAAGUACAUUCUCAACAGUGUCGCUGAGGAUACACAAACUGUUUUCACCAGAGCCCUGGAAAAGUGACUCAAAUAAAUGUGUGUUUGAAUCAAUAUUUCUUCAUGUGCUUUUUUAUUGUUAUUUUUCAGAAUGAUCAUAGACGAUGUUAUAUUUGAUAGUUUGUGUUUAAUUUCCUGAAACGUAACAUGAAUUAACAUAUGACUUCAUAUCUAUAGAUGCAAUAAUAAAUAAUUAAACUGAA